AUGCAGGUAGGGCUCCGGGAUGCAGGUAAGGCCCAGGGUGCAGGUAAAGCCCAGGACGCAGGUAAGGCCCAGGAUGCAUGUAAGGCCCAAGGAUGCAGGAAAGGCCCCAGGAUGCAGGCAAGGCCCCAGGAUGUAGGCAAGGCCCCAGGAUGCAGACAAGGUCCUAGAAUACAGGCAAGGCUCCAGGAGGCAGACAACGCCCCAGGAUGCAGACAAGGCCUCAGGAUGCAGGCAAGGCUCCAGGAUGCAGGCAAGGCCCCAGGAUGCAGACAAGGCUCCAGGACGCAGGCAAGGCCCCAGGAUGCAGGCAAGGCCCCAGGAUGCAGACAAGGCCCCAGGAUGCAGGCAAGGCCCCAGGAUGCAGGCAAGGCCCCAGGAUGCAGGCAAGGCCCCAGGAUGCAGGUAAGGCAAGGCCUCCUACCUGGCGCUAGAGCGCCAGGUAGGAGGAGCCAGUACGUGUUACUCGUGGCUGAGUAG